AUGUCAUCAGUCGGCUGGAUUCCGAGUCCCCUCACCUGGCAGCGCUGUCGAAGAACUUGUACGCUGUCGACCUUCUCACCGCGAUUCGAUGGCUGGACGAUUCCUGGAGUGCAGUUUCUCCAAAGGUGA